CGCUGCGAUUAAUUCGAUUAAAUAGUUAUAGUCUUUAAGACCAUUGACAAAUUCACAUGUACUUUAAAAGACGUUUAUAACUUAGUAGAUACACAUCGUGCAUCUGCGGCACCCGUCAUGUAAAGUUCCAAACAAUCCUGCCCGUGAGCAAUCUCCCAACCCUGCUGAUAUAUCGUGGCAACAAACGCGAAGUUGGCAGCAAGGCAGUCCAUGUUUUUGACCUUUUUGCUCGUCAAAAGGUAGUCCCGUAAUUCCGCACCGGAAAUGGGCGCGAGUCGGCGCGCGAAUUUGGGCCAAGCGCAGGAAAUGGAGAGAUAGCUCGCGAAAGAGGAUACGCCAAAAUUGGUUAUGCGAACCAGGGCGCAAAGAAACUCCCGUCAUGCUGAACAUAGAGGCCCCUGCCAAGCUGGUCUUAACCUUGCAAUCGGUGCCUCCCUUCGCGGUCGAGAGUUUCCUCGCCCUGGGCUUGGCGGUCCUCCUGGCGGUCCCUCUCGUCGGCCAUGUGCAAUUCCUGCUCGAGGAGGCGCCGAGAUCAUCGAAAAGUCGGCGCCGCAAGGUGAAGAGGUCGCCGCCACCGGAUCGGACCAUUGUGAUGCAUUAUCCGGCUCCGGUGGUUAUCGACUCGACCUCGAGCUCCAGCUUGAACCUGAACAUGACGACCGCUCGAGCGGUCUGUUCGACACCGAAUUUCAAAUCCAGCGUCGACCUAGCAGCCCCCAAGACCGGCCGGACGGUCCAGGUCGGUGAGGUCGGUGGCGACCGGGAGGCGCCGCACCCCCCGCCGGCUCUCACCCUGGAGCAUUCGUCGUCCUUCAUAGCCACCAACGCGGAACUCCCCGUAAUCGACAUAUCGACUUUUAACUACGGCUCGUAUCGCCACAAGCUGGUGGAGUCCACCCUGAGGAGGAGAUACGGAGAUUACAAGCCUCCCGGCAACGUCGUCCUCAACGCCAUCCACCUCAACGCCAUCGAGUCCGAUGCCGCGAUUAGACUCAGCAAAGGGUACAGCCAUAGUUUCUUCGACUUCGUCGAGGAGUACUACGACGCCACGAGGUCGAUGUGCAAGAAGGAGACGGAGUUUCUGCAUCCUCUGGACCAUUUCCUGGUGAAGGGCGCCAGAAGACCGACGACGGACGAGAAGGCCACGGAGACUACCGGUCUGGACCCUGGGUCGCCUUGGAAGAGCGCUCUAGGACCGUUCUCGGUAACGCCCAUGUCCACGCCGCCGACGACCUCUCCUCCGACGCCGACCCCUCGGCGCAGAUCGGCUUCGUUCACUCCAAGAGCGAGGCUGGAAAUGGCCAGGGAAGGAAGACCUCGGGUGGGCCCCAGGUCGGCGAAGUCGCCGAUCGGUAGCUCGGACCAGCGCGGGAACGAACCCGGGAAGAGCGAGGAGUGCUCUUCGGGAUCUCCGCGACCCAAGAGCACGGUGGACCGAGGACCUCCCGGUAUCCCGACGUCUCCGGGUCAUCGCCAAGGAGCUGGCACGAAGAUCCCUCGAGCUACCUCGAAGACCGCCAACGGACCGAGUUCUCCGGCAACGUCCGAGGUCGGCACCAAGUCCAAGACGACCGAAUUACCCUCUGGGCAGCGUCCAUCCCUUGUCAAGGAGGAAUCUCCGGCCAAGUCUAGACCGUACUUGAGGAGCGCCACCGACUCCGGCAUACCACGAUCCGUUGGACGAGCCCCAGGGUGGAAACCCGAAAGACCGUCCACGGCAGACCGAGGAUGGCGCAGCGACCUGUCCUCGGCAGGUUCGGGGGGCAGUCGUAGCCCCACGCCUAGGUCGAGACCACGGACCGCGGGGGGUCCGGGCCAGACCCCGGGACCACAGCCUUCGGGCGAUGCGAGGGACUCCACCGCUACUUUCCCCAUCUCCGAGAGUCGCUCCGGCCAAUCCGAGGUCGAGCCGGUGGCGGACCGGCAGGGCGAGGUCGGUGAGUGGUCGAAGCGGUCGGUCCGCGGGAGAACCUGGUUGGUCGGGUCGUCCGACCGCUUCGCUUCAUCCGUUAGGUCGACGCGGCUCAGUCGGCCCGCGACCGCCGACCGACAGGCGUCCUCCCGGCUGCCGGUGCAUGUCAGGACAGACCGGCAACCUGGAGGUCGCGACCCCGAGCCAAGUAAAACAAUAGGUAAGCCCCACAUGGACAAGUCCGAUGUCCCUGGCAGACCUCAGACCGCUGGCAGCGUUCCCUCCCAUGGGACCUCCAGCUCUGCGGAGAGGUCUCGGACCUCGCCUCGACCGGUCGCUGACGGUCCGGAAAGACCUCCCUCGGCUAGCCGGACAACCCGUUGGGGCCCUGCUACCGGUCGGUCCAGUAAACGGACCGUUUUGAGUGGAGAGUCCCGACGCGAGGACGAGCAAAAUCCCUCCGGAACACCCUCGGGAUCUCCACGGGGGAAGGAUCGACCUAUUAGCAGAUUCAGGGCCCCGAUUUCCAAAACGGCCGAUAGCGGGAAAGACGAUGCGAAGGAUAAGUCACCGAGUCUUCCUCGAAGCAACUCCAAAGCUGGAGUCGCUGUACAACGAGGCCUCAAGUCGUACAUAGGACGAGUGAAGCAUGUACUUCAUGACUCGAAUCCUGGGCGGAAGAGACCCGACUCUGGGAAACUGGCCUCUCUGAGUCUCACCGAGGCCAUCUUGCCGGAUCUCAAGUCCGUCCUCAGCAAUGGCGAGAUCAGAGAACUGAAGAGCCUGCUGGACCGCGCCGAGGAACUGGACAUCUGCGGGAACAUCCUCACGUGACGAACACCUAGGGACCUCCACCGAGGAUUGGGAUUCUACCGUAUGUCGUUUUUGCGUUUUAAUAAAGGCGUCUUUGUCUCACUUUAGUAUUAAUUAAUAUUAGUCGAUGAGGGCCAUCGUGGAUGUAUAUUACUAUUUAAUAUGUACCUUGGUAUACAGGAUGUUACAGAACUCCUGUCCAAGGUUUACACGUACCGAAAAUUGACUCGAAAAGUCCUCUAGAAGUAUUCCUACGGUGCCUGGUUUACCCGUAAUAAUUCAUUGUAAUUAAUAAACGCAGUUCUGGUAUUCUUAUCCUUGACGCGUCGACGCGUCGCGCCGUGUGUGAC